AUAAAUUCUAGAAUGGUGAUGGAAGAAGUUGUACAAGACAUAAUUAUUGUUGGUGCUGGAAUUUCUGGCCUCACUACAUCCUUAGGACUCUACAGAUUGGGAAUUGGAAGCUUGGUAUUAGAGUCAUCAGAUACUUUGAGGACUUACGGCUUUGCUUUCGCAUUGUGGACUAAUGCUUGGAAUGCAUUAGAUGCCGUUGCCGUUUCCGAUAUUCUUCGUCAAAAUCACCAACACCUCACUAGACUAGUUAGUACAUCGGUCGUAUCGGGAUUACCAACUGCAGAACUGUCUUUUGAUGGUGGUCAUGAAGUACGACGAAUUAAUAGGAAAGUGCUGAUUGAAACCCUAAGUAAUGAGCUUCCUCCAGGAACCAUUAGAUAUUCCUCCAAAGUUGUACAUAUCCAAGAUUCCGGUUUUCUCAAGCUAAUUCAUCUGUCCGACGGAACUAUUCUCAAAACUAAGGUUUUGAUUGGUUGUGAUGGAGUAAACUCGGUCGUGGCAAAAUAUCUAGGCUUUAGUAAGCCGUCAUUGGUCGGGCGAGCAUCAAUUCGAGGCUAUGUAUAUUGUAAAGAAGGCCAUGGUUUUGAGCCUAAGUUCCUUCAAUUCUUCGGAAAUGGUGUUAGAUUUGGUGUCACUCCGUGCGAUGACCAUGGUGUCUAUUGGUUUUUUACGUAUAUACCCUCCCCACAAGAAGAAGGGAUAGAAAAAGAUGUUGCGAAAAUGAAGCAAUUCGUGCUGAGUAAGCUCGGAAACGUUUCCGACGAAAUAAGGGCUGUUUUCGAAAAAACCGAUUCAGACAAAAUGAUAUGGUCCGAGUUAAAAUUCAGACAUCCAUGGGAGUUGCUGCGUGGAAAUAUAAGUAAAGACACCGUAUGUAUAGCAGGUGAUGCGCUACAUCCAAUGACACCAGAUAUUGGACAAGGCGGUUGUUUGGCUCUAGAGGAUGCGGUCGUUUUAGCUAGGGUUUUAGGCGAAGCUUUUAAAGGAGAAUCGAGUGUUUGUGGGGCCCACGGAAACGGCGAAGGACAAAUCGAGGAAUACGAGAGGAUUGUUAUGGGGUUGAAGAAGUAUGGUAAAGAGAGGAGAUGGAGAAGUGUUAAGGUUGUCAGUGUAGCAUAUUUGGUGGGGUUUGUGCAGCAGAGUGAUGGGGUUUUGAUUAGCUUUUUGAGAGAUAAGUUGGUGCCUAGAUUCUUGGCUGCUUUUUUGUUGAAGAUGUCUGAUUUUGAUUGUGGCAAACUUGAAUGAUUCUUGAAAGUUUGAUGAAUGAAUUUUGUGAUGUUUGGAGUAUAUCAAGAAAAUUAUUAUUAAUU